AUGCCUCGCCAGGCGCACGGUAGACCACUCCACGGGCCCAGAUCAAAUAUCGCCGCCAAGAAAAAACCCUCCAAGAACCGCAGACUGAACGCCCUCGAGAUUGCGGAGCGUGAACAUCCCGAUGAGAUUAAAAUUCGACAGCACCGCCUUGGGCAGGUCGACGAUGAGUCUGAAGGCCCGCGCAGCAGGUCAGACAUAGACGAGCGGUCGUCGAAGAGGAGGAAGCUUACCACCGCCGCUACAGAUGAGGUUGAUGAGGAAGGUUCGGACCUCGAGGGCAACCGAUGGCAUCUCGGCGUAAAUGAGGAGGAUGAAGAUAGCGACAUUGACAGCGAAGACGCCUUUGGCGCAAGUGAUGAAGAACGAUUUGCGGACUUCACAUUUCGUGGAAGCGCUAGAACAUCCUCGCAGCCCAAGCAUCGCGGCAGUGCUUCGUCCGUCAACCCAGAUGUAGACCUCGAUGAAGAGGCUGAGGCUGGCGAAGAAAGCGGAAACACCGAUGACGACCAAGACGAUGACUUCGGGGACGAGGCUGUGGAUUUAGCCACGGCUUGGGAUAUGGAUGACCAGGAACAAGAGGAAGUCCCAAAAAGGCAUCAAAAAACACCCAUGCGGCCAACACACGACGAUCAUGAUGUCGACGAAGGUUCCCUGUCAGAGCUCGACGAUGACGAAGAAUCAGAUGAGGAACUCUCUCAAGCGGAGGAUGAAGCCAUGUCUGAAUUGUCCGUCUCAGAGGACGAAGGCGAUCAUUCAAGGCUCCAGAAUUUUGUCGAAGGGCUAGCAGGCGGCGACAAGAGCCAGACGGCCAUCGAACGAAGAACCCCCCAAAUGCUGCCCAAUAAGCCUUCGCAGUUCGGUCUCAGCUCCGAGAAGAUCUCAGCCAGUGAUGUUUUACAAUAUAUCAAAGACCCUAACCAGAGACGGGCUUUGAAAAUCUUGCAGAGCAGCGCCAGCAAGGCUGACGAAAUCUAUAGAGGUGGCAUUCCAGGCAGACUUGCCCCUCCUCUGGCAAAAAGGCAGCAAGAUCGUCUUGAUCGUUCUGCGGCAUAUGAGGAGACCAAAAAGGAACUGAGCAAGUGGAUCGAAACGGUCAAGCAGAAUCGCCGUGCGGAACACCUUUCAUUUCCCCUCGUUGAUGCUGCAGAAGCUGGUAUGCUGAGCAAUAAGCAACUUGGACCGACCUCUAGUGCGGAGCCUAUGACUUCACUGGAGUCCACGAUCCACAAUAUCAUGAUGGAAAGUGGAAUGCUGCCGAGUAAUAGUAGGUCCCAGGAAGCUCAAGAGCAUGCCUUCGAGGAGCUGCACGAGAAGAAAAUGCCACUGGCGGAAGUGCAAGCCCGCAGAGCAGAGCUGCGGCGGACACGGGAUCUGAUGUUUCGCGAAGAAAUCCGUGCUCGGCGCCUCAAGAAGAUCAAAAGCAAGGCAUAUCGUCGUGUCCACCGAAAAGAACGCGAGAAUUUGAUCCGAGAAAAUCGAAGUCUGCUGGCUGCGCAGGGCUUGAUCGAUUCAGACGAAGAGAGGGAGAAGAACGAGCGCCGGCGUGCUGAGGAACGGAUGGGCGCGCGUCACAGGGAGAGCAGAGCCGCCUGGGAUGAGGACACCCGACAUGGAGUAACGGAUCUGGCAAGGCGAGAUGAAGAACUCCGCAGGCGGAUUGAGGGCAAGACCACUGCUGACUCGGACGGGUCCGAUUCAGAAUCUUCCGAUUUCGAUGGCUUCUCUGGUUCCGAAGACGAGAGACAAAAGCUAGAGACUAAACUGGACGACAUCGAACGUAACGAAGUCGAUACCUUCGAGACGAGGCUUGGCUCAAUGGCAUUCAUGAGAAAAGCAGAAGCGGCGAGGAAAGCUGCCAACGAGGAAGAGAUCCGCAACAUACGGCGCAGUCUCCACAGUGAUGACUUGCAAUCGGUCGCGGAGGGUGAUUACGAGCAUGACAACUCAGCGGGACGUCAAAAGUUUGGCCUGGUCAACAGAGAUCUUCCUGUGAAGCCUCAAACUCACGUUUCCAAGAGCGAGUUCGAGGAACGCGAUUCGGAGGCCGAGCCUGAAGAUACAGAUCCUCGAGACCAAACGGAAGGGUUAGGUGGCGAUGCACCAAUAGCUAUUGCGCCCAUAAACAAGGAAAUCACCUCAAAAUCGUCGUUGAAAGGCCCAGGCGCAGCGAAGCAGAGGGCAAAAUCCCACCUCAAUGAUGACCUGCCAAGCAAGAAUCCUCUACCCGGCCGUGUCAAAGACGGUGGAGAGUCAAAUAAACGGCUGAUCAGGGUGCCACAAAGCGCCCUCGAAGAUGAUGCUGUUCCAUCUGAGUCUGAGAAUGAGCAAGAUGAUAGAGUCGCACUCGCACAUGCGAUCUUCACGGGUUCGGAGGACAUUCGGCGGGAGUUUGCAAAAGAAAAGAGAGAAACCGUGGAGGAGGAAGGAGAUCAAGUCAUUGACAACGGCCUUCCGGGGUGGGGGAGUUGGACAGGCGAAGGUAUCAGCAAGAAGGCUCACAACAGGGCCAAGGGACGGUUUUUGACAAUGGUCAAGGGAGUCGCGGAAGACAAGCGACAAGACUCCAGACUGGAAAAAGUUAUCAUCAACGAAAAGCGUGUCAAGAAGAACGGCAAAUAUCUGGCCAGCGAGCUACCCCAUCCAUUCGAGUCACGACAACAGUAUGAGCGGUCGCUUCGCCUGCCUUUGGGGCCUGAAUGGACGACAAAGACAACAUUCCAGGACAGCACGAAGCCACGCGUGUUGGUCAAGCAGGGCAUCAUUCGGCCCAUGGCACGACCUCUGGCAUAG